AGCCGUUUUGCAUUUUCCAGACCGUUAAAAUACGCCCGAUUUUGUGUUGCCAUUGCAACAUCUUCCUCCGCUAGGAAUCCAAUCAUGGAAGUCGUAGAGGGGUCAGCAUCCUAUGGCAGCUGUGACUAUGAUGCGAUUGCGGCCCAGUAUGAUUCACUCCGCAAGGACCCUAAAAGUCUACAGGAGGAUCGAGCAAUUGCGAGAUUCUUGAGAGAGUACCUGGCUCCCGGUUGCAAAGUCCUAGACCUGGGCUGUGGCACCGGGCUAUUGCUGGAGCUGCUAGCUCUGCAGCCGGAGGAUUACAUCGGCAUCGAUCCCUCCGAGAAGAUGUUGGAGGAGUUGCAGAGGAAGUUUCCGGAGCAUGAGACCAAGAACAAGGCCUUUGGAGCAGAAGAUUUGGAGGAUGUUGAUGUGGCAGUUUCAAUAUUCGGACCCAUCAGCUACGUCGAUCCAGACUUGGUCUUCCAGCUGGUCUCCAGUGGUGUGAGCUACUUCCUGAUGUUUUACAAGGAAGACUACCGACCGGUGACCUAUGACAUGUGCCAAGUGGAAUUCCAUCCCUAUCCCUUCCAACGAUACAAUCUUCCAAGUCAAGACUUCGGCAGUUUUUCGGUGGUCACCAACCUCCGCACUCCAGAUGGAUCUUUGGCAUUUCCCCGCCAGUCCCUGCGAAGAGCAGAGCGGGCCAAAACCGAUCCUUCCGGGGUCAAGUUCAAGCCGAGUGGUGGACUUUCUUCCGAACUCGAAAGCUACUACUUCUUGGACGGCGACGUGCCGCUGAAGGGACACGGCAAAGGCAAUGCGAAGGGCAGCGACGUGCCGCUGAAGGGACACGGCAACACCGGGAAUGCGAAGGGAUCUGGAAUCUUGGCGCUUCCCUAUGCCUGGAAACAAGCUGGCUGGCUCUGUGUGCUUCCUUUCCUCGCGGUGGCGAUGAUGAUGAGCUUCACCCUGUGGCUCACGGGUACUCUCUUCCGCCUUGUGGACGCUCGAGCCAACGAGAUGAAUGUGCCAAUGGUCAGCCGCGACUGGGGGAUGUUGGGUCAGAUGGCUUUCGGAAGGUGUGGCCAGCUGCUGUUCUCUGGUUGUGCCCUUGUGGAUCUUUAUGGCGGCUUGGUGUCCGGACUGAUCUUGGCAUCAAGUCAACUGAAAUUUCUAUUCCCUUCCCUGUCAACUGCAGUUCUCAGUGUUGGCUGCUUUGGAGUUCUCCUCAUAUUGCUCUUCGUGCAAACUAGGCACUUCUCUUCUUUAGCAGUCGUUGGUUUGGGUAGCAUGUUGAUCAUCCUGUCUUGCCUCCUUAUUACCGGUGGCGAGCUGGUGGCCCUUGGCGAGGCGGCGGAGGACCAGGUGAUGGUGAACUGGGCAGGACUUCCCCCAGCAGCAGGGGUGGCCAUUUACACCUUCAUGGUGCAUUCAGAGGCGCCCUUGGUCUAUCAGCUGAUGGAGGACCGCUCCCAAUGGGGCCAAGCUGUACUGUGCAGCACGGGCCUUGCGGCGGCAUUUUUUGCGGCUCUUGCAAUGCUGUGCUACAGUUUCUUCGGCGAUGGCACAGCGCAGUCCUUCCCUAUGAAUUUGGGCCGCAGUCCAUUGAACCUGCAGCUGCUACCAGGAGAACUCAACGGUGCCAUGAGUGCCCUCUGCCUGAUCAGCGUGACGCUGAAGUUGCUGGUGAAUGUGCCAUUGCUGGCAGCUCCCAUUCUGGGGCCUUUGGAGGAGUGCUUGCGCCUGGGCUGCUGGACGAAGGUCCUCUUCUCUCUGGCCACCGCCUGCCUGUGCCUCUUCCUCCACGAUGAUGCAGCCUUUGUGAUCGAACUCGUGGGCAUCGUGCCACAAAACUUCAUUUGCAUCGUGCUGCCGUGCGCGGCCUUCCUGAAGCUGCAUGGAGACUUGGGAGGCUUUCGAAGUUGCAUCCUUUGGUUGCUGAUCGUCAGCUUCGCUAUCUAUGGCCUGGAUGCAACUGUGGCUCUUGUGUUGGAGAAUGUGCCAUGGAUUUGCUGA